AUGGUCCUAACUGAUGAUGGCUGUGAUCACUGCCAUAGUGAACCCGAGGAUGUGCUCCAUGCACUAUGGACAUGCCCUUCAAUUUCUCGGGUUUGGACACAGACCAGUCUGUGGGAGAAUUCGGACCCCAGCCCACGCUUCUCUUGUUUCAAAGAUUUGGUGGAAACUAUCGUUGAAACAGGGAAGGACCUGAACUUGUUUGCCACAACAGCCUGGGCAAUAUGGAACAGACGAAACACAAUGAGAACAAGAGGGACACAUGUAUCGGUGCAACAGGUGCAUUAUGAGGUGCAGAAAGCAAGAUCAGCAUUUAUUCGUUCCAGCCAACCUCGUCCCCCUAAGCUGAUGGAGGAUCAACGUGCCGAAGUGGGAGUCAUUAUCCGUGAUAUAAAGGGCAGGGUGUGUGCGUCGAUGACAGAAAGCUUCCAUCUCUCGUUUUCUAUUGCUGCAGUAGAGGUUUUAGCAGCAAAAAAGGCCAUACAACUCGCCAAGGAUCUUGGGUUCCAUUCAAUCAUCCUGGAGGGUGACUCAAAGACUACCAUUGACGAACUGUUGAGCAAGAAUUCUCCCCUGAACGAGUAUGGUCAUCUACUGAGUGAAGCUAAAGAAGUGGCAGAUCAGAUGGAUGUAGUGGAAUUUUAG